AUGGCCCCUCAGCAUCACCCGCCCAGCCUUCCUCCUCCUCCUCCUCCUCCUCUUGCUGCCCCCUUCUUCCCGCGCUCUUCUGCCAGCCACUCCAGCCUCCUUCUCUCCGCAGCUCCGGCUCUCAUCAGCGCCACAGAAGAGAGAGGGAGGGAAGGAAGGAUGGGGGGCUACUUCGAGGGCAUUGCUGCUGCUGCUGCUGCUGCUGCUGCUGCUGCUUCCGAAACCGAAGGGGACGCCUUGAAAACCCGGAGCAAGGAACCAGGAAAGCAGGCGGCAGAGAGAGCGAGAGAGACUCCGCAGCCCCACCUGCUGGCCGCGAGGGACACUGCAGGCUCCCCCAGAAACAUUUGGAGCAUCUCUAAGCAGCAUGGGGUUUAUAACGCAGAAUUAAAACUGGGAGUCUUGCACAAGGCCAGCGCUUUUCCAGCUGAGCAGCAACUUGAAACAAGCCUCCCCUCAAGGCCACAGCCAGGCCCCAAAGCCACCUCAGUUUUCCAAACUGAUGGAGGUAUUUGAAUUCAUUAAAUAUAUCCCACCCCCGUGCCUGCCUCCAAGGAACUGUGCGAGUUGCUGCUGCUGCUGUCGCUGUCGGGCGGCUCCCUGGGUGGAGAGGACACCUGCGCUUCCACGCAUCGCCACAGGGAGGCCGCCUUCGGACUGAAACCAUCCCGACACCUCAGCAACAAGCCAGGACCGAGGAGGGAUGAGUAACACCUGGGGGAAGGCGGGGGAGUGGGCGUGCUGGUGGGAGCGGCGCACAUAUAGCCGGCCUGCCUGGUUUCCUUCCCCGUCCCACCCCCGUGCCUGCCUCCAAGGAACUGUGCGAGUUGCUGCUGCGGCUGUCGCUGUCGCUGCCGGGCGGCUCCCUGGGUGGAGAGGACACCUGCGCUUCCGCGCAUCGCCACAGGGAGGCCGCCUUCGGACUGAAACCAUCCCGACACCUCAGCAACAAGCCAGGACCGAGGAGGGAUGAGUAACACCUGGGGGAAGGCGGGGGAGUGGGCGUGCUGGUGGGAGCGGUGCGCAUAUAGCCGGCCUGCCUGGCUUCCUUCCCCGUCCCACCCCCAUGCCUACCUCCAAGGAACUGUGCGAGUUGCUGCUGCUGCUGUCGCUGUCACUGCCGGGCGGCUCCCUGGGCGGAGAGGACACCUGCGCUUCCAUGCAUCGCCACAGGGAGGCCGCCUUCAGACUGAAACCAUCACAACUGCGCAAUUGCGCAACUAUUUUGUCCUGGGGGAGGCAGGCACUGAGCUGUGCCCCGGCUAGCUUGUUGUAAAUUUGAUAUUGUAUUUUAUUGUAUUGUGCUGUUUUGCUGCUGGCUGUAUUGAGAUAUGCAUUGUUAUUGUUAUGU